AUGACGAUAGGCACCCGAAAUGGCGUCAUGGGUAAUAAUGAAGGUGGAAAGCAGCAGAAAGUGGCACGUGAAAAUCGCAUUUCUAGUCACCUGACUGAAGCCGAACAACGAAGCAUUCUCUCAUCACUUCAGCCAUCCGCCAAGGCUCUAUGUACUGGAGUAUGCCAGCUGUUGCAAGCCGAGAAUAACAUGUGGACGGAUAUGAAAGUAGGAGUCAUCUGCUUCAUUCGGGAUCCGGGCAACAAAGAGGUGAAUCUUUGA